AAACACUAGCGUGUCGAAAACUCGAAAUGUGUGUCGAUACUAGGUGUCGUUUGUUUUUAUUUACGACGCGUCAGUAAUCGGCACUUAAUGUAAACAAAUGACACUGAACGGUACUCGCAACUUUAGCUUAUUAUUGCUGCUGAAAAUGGUCAGUUAUUGUCAUGUUUUGGGUUGUACUAAUCGGUCGGAACGGGAAAAAACAUUUGCUAUAGACUGCCAAAAGUUUUAACAAAUCCAGGAGAAAAGUUCAAAACACUGUCUGAGGAACAAAAGUAAACUAAACCAGGAUUUCCAGGGCAAGAAUCUUGACAACAUUCGUGUUUGUUUUUAUUAUUUCCAGUCAGUAUCAGACAGUAAUCAGUGAAGCCCCUCCCACAACAAUUCACCUAUAAAUACUGGUGAAUAUUCACAUCAUCCUACAAGAGAAGAACAAACUCCAGUUUAUUAAAGAGGAGAUUGCAGACAUGAGUGACCCAGAACCAUCCAGAAUAAAACAUGAAGAUGCUGCGGUACAAAGAGACUGCUUGGAGAUAAAAGAGGAAAGACAAGAACCGAAUGAGGUGGAUGAGAAACGUGACUACUUAACUCAAAGAACACAAACCGAAAAUCUGCACACCUGCUCACAGUGUGGAAAGACUUUCAAGAGCAAAGAAGAACUAGACAAGCACACGAGUGUCCACACUGGAGAGAAACCGUACACAUGCCCUCAUUGUGGAAUAAAGUUUUCACGAAUGGACACUUAUAGACGGCAUCGUAAAAAACAACAUGGAGAUAAACCGUACACCCCUCCUCAGUGUGAAAAGUCUUUGACCAAAACAAGCAGUCUCAAAAAACACCUGAAAGCUCAUACUAUAAAAAAGUCAUAUAACUGUGCUCAGUGUGGUAAAGUUUUAAAUUCAGCAACGGGUCUCCUACGACACAAGAGGCUGCAUACAAAUGAGAGGCCUUAUGUCUGUUCUGUUUGUGGAAAGAGUUUUACCCAGCUGACCCAUUGCAAACAGCACCAGAAAAUACACACCGGUAUGAGAGAUCAUGUGUGUUGUGAGUGUGGGAAGAGCUUUAUCACAGCUGGUGAUUUAAAAAGACACUUAAAAAUUCAUAGUGGAGAAAAACCUCACAAGUGCUCAUACUGUAACAAGGGUUUCAUUCGGCCUGAACACUUGAGAGUACAUGAGCGAGUUCAUACUGGAGUGAAGCCGUACCACUGUACUCGGUGUGGAGAGGGUUUCAAACAAUUCCGUAGUCUGGUGACUCACAUGGAGAAGCGUUGUACCGUGUCGGAGUGAGCAAAUGUUAUCUAGUGCAAGUGUGGUCUGUUUUAUUUUGGAGUUCGCUGUGACUUAUGUGAUGCAAUUUGAUUUGUUCACUUAUUGCAUUUUAUUUUUGUAUGUAUUUGUAAUUUGCACAUUUUUAACAUCUGUUUUAAGUUAAGAAUGUUUCUACUUUGAUA